CACACACAGCACAAGUCAGCAAAGAUGUCUGCUCAGUUCGACAAGGCCGUCUCUAUCGUCCAGAACAUGCCCAAGGACGGGCCCGUCAAGCCCUCUCAGGACGACCAGCUUACCUUCUACUCGCUCUACAAGCAGGCCACCGUCGGCGACGUCAACACCUCUCGCCCCGGCAUGCUCGACUUUGUCGGCAAGGCCAAGUGGGAUGCCUGGAACAAGCAGAAGGGAAAGGACGCCGAGGCCGCCAAGAAGGAGUACGUCGAGGCCUUGCUUGCGCUCCUCAAGAAGCACGCCGAUGACGCCGACGCCAAGAAGUGGGUCUCUGAGAUCGAGAGCGCUUAAGGAAGCAUGACUCCUCGCCGCAGUCCUCGUCCUCGAGAUACCGGGAUGACCGCCUCGAAGCGCCACGUCCCCUAUAGCUGAAGAUGAUCAUCAACGAGACGAAUGGUAUACACAUUCAAUCAGUCAGAAUGAGAAGGGCUUGACGCCAGAGAGAGGCGCUGCUAUGUACGAGACUCGUCCGUCUGCUCAGUCGCCCAGACUGUCUGACACCGCUAUUGCUGCUGCUGCUGCUGCUGUCCUUGUUGCUGACCUCCUUGAGCUUGAACCAGACCCGCACCCUCUGCCUCUGCCUUUGCAGCCAAAUCGG